AUGGAAAAUCGUGUCGUGCUGAUGUUACUUUCGGAUCUCAGCCCGACCACUAUCAUUGACGAUCAUCAUGCUGUUUGCAUGGAAUUAUUAAAAAAGAAAUUUUCAUUGCAACAACUCGGAAAGAGGAAAUGGCUUGAAAAUAGACAAGUAAAAUUUGAAAAUUUCCUUCCUGUUGAGUUUAUGAAUGACCGAGAAUUUGUGUUGAAUCAUAUCAAAAAGUACGGUUAUGGAUUAAAAUUUGCAUCCAAUACACUAAGAAAAGACAGAAAUUUUGUGUUGCAAGUAGUUGAACAACAAGGGUCAGAAUUACCAUUUGCAAGCAACACUAUCCACAAUGAUCGUGAAGUGUUACUGGCAGCCAUCAAACAACAUCCCUAUGCAGUGACGUUUGUACCAGAUGAAAUUCGAAAGGACAAAUCAUUUAUGUUGCAAGUUGUAGGACUAAAUGGACACGCUCUCGGGUUUUCUCGUGUUUAUGCCAUCAAGAAAGACCGAGAUGUUGUGUUAACUGCUGUAAGGCAAAACGGUCUAGUAUUGGAUCGAGUUCUGGAGCCAGAAAUGAAGAACGACAAGGAAAUAAUUUUAGAAGCGAUCAAACAAAAUAAGAAGGCACUUGAAUUCGUGCCAAAAAAUCGCCUCCAGGAUCACGAUUUCAUGUUUCAACUUCUGAGAGUAAUUUUUCCAGAGUAUGAAACUUUAGGUUCUUUUAAUCAAAAUAGUUCAAUCCUGGCUCAAGAACCCUACUCAAUUUACUCAAACAAAGAAAUAAUGCUGAAAUUAGUUCAAGAAUUUUCAUUCUUACUUGAAUUUGCAUCGAAUGAUCUCAAGAACGAUCGAGAUAUUGUUUUAAACGCAGUUAGGAAUGAUCCUUGGUCCCUACGAUUUGCCUCUGAUAAUUUAAAGAAUGACCUAGAAAUUGCCUCUCAGGCCAUUCAAAACGGCUUUUCAUUGAAAUAUGCUUCUCAAGAAUUGCAGUCAAACAAAGAUUUCGUUUUAACUGUUGUAAAUCAAUAUGGACAUGAUCUUGAAUUUGCAUCUGAUGAACUGAGGAAUGAUAAAGAGGUUGUUUUGAAAGCUGUCAGACAAUAUGGAUAUGCAUUACAACAUGCCUCGAAACAGAUGAAGAGUGAUAGAGAAGUGGUACUGACAGCUGUGACGCAACAUGGUGGAGCUCUACACUAUGUAGAUGAAAAUAUGAAAAGUGAUCAUGAAAUUGUAUUGAAAGCCGUUCAUCAAGAUCAUACAGCCAUCCAGUAUGUUUCCAAGAACUUGUUGUGUGAUCAGCAAUUCUUAUUAGAUGCGAUUAAGGUUGGGGCUCGACAUGCUUUCGGAUAUGCACCACAGAAGUAUAUUAAUGACAAGCAAUUUGUGUUAACAGCAAUCAAACACAACAGCCUUGCUGUUACAGAGUCUACGUAUUUCUAUUUUAACUGGGAUAAAGAGAUCAUGUUGGAAGCAGUGAGAAAUAAUGGAUAUGCAUUAAGUGCGGCCAGUUAUGACCUGCAACAAAAUCAAGAACUUGUGACAGAAGCUCUCAGAAACAAUGGUUACGUGACAACAUACAGUGAUGAAUUAUAUCAAGAAAGAAUGCAACGUUGCUAUUAUGGAGCUUAUUUGGGAAAAAGUGAACGUUAA